GCUCGGACUUAGCGGGAUCAAGCCCCAAUCGUAAACUCCCGAGGCGUCAGUAGCAGCAGCCGCCCACGAUGGAGCUCAGCGAAGUCGACAAGCUCCUCGCCGAAGACAGCGACAACGAGGACCUCGUGGAUCUGGACCUGAACGAGAUCCAAGCGGCUUUGACGCUCGAGGAGAUCCUCAACGAAGAGCUCGAUGGGCUAUCGUCAGUGUCGGCGCCGGCGCCGGCCGCCGCCUCAAGCUUGGGCUUGUCGGUCGAGAACCCGCUCUUGCAUCGUGCGACGCUCAAGCCCCGCCCAUCGACCGUGGGUGCGUUGACCAAGUCACCGCUCGAGGUGGCGCAAGCGAUCGAAGACGCCUUCCUUGCGGCGCCGACCGAGGUGCUCGUGAGCCCGCUCGCGGUGAAGCGCCGCAUGCGCGUGCACCAGCAGGCGCUCAAGCUACGGAAGGAGACCAACACGCUCGACAAGAUGAAGAUCGCGCUGCAGCUCAAGCAGAAGCAGUCGACGGGCGGGAGCGGCGUUGUCAAGGUCGAACCGAUGCAGACGAUCUCCAAGCAGCUCGCCAAGAACGCCGAGUUCCGUGAGAACGGCCCCGGGAGUCCGACCGUGGUCGCGAUCCACCCCAAGUUCAUCGCGAUCGGGACGAGCAAGAGCCUCGUGCUCGUCUUUGACCACUUUCAAAACAUCCGCCACGUCCUCCGCAACACGACGAUGGAUGCUGGCCACGACCAGUACUCGGAUGGCGCCGUGACGGCCAUUGACGUCUCGCCGGGCAGCGACUUUCUUGUGUGCGGCUACCAAAGUGGGCGCAUCGUGCUGUGGGACAUGCUCAAGGGCACGUCGCUCAAGGUCGUCGCCGACGCGCACGACUGCCCCGUCGUGAGUCUUCUCUUCAUGAAAGACCAAAAGCCGUGUAUUCUCUCGGUCGACGCCAAUGGCAUGGCCAACAAAAUCAACUUUUCCAAAAUGAUGGGCUACGUCUACGUCGUCGACACGGACCCGAUCUACGAUGGGUCGGCGGGCAAGAUCCUUAGCGUCGCCAUUUUGCCGCAGACCGCGGGCCAUGCCAAGGUCGGGCACAUCACCGACACGUACUGCAUCGCGGCCAUCUCGACCGACAAGGUCACGUUCCUCGUGGCCAUCGAGCCAGAGGUGCGCAUUCUCCACCGCUGGUUCAAACCAGAUGGGCUCACCAACGACAAUUUACCGUCGCUGGCGUUUGCGUGGGUCGCGCUGCCUGGCGGUGCGCGCAGUGACACGCCGACUCCGAUGCUGGCGCGCGGGUGGGGCAAGCACAUGCAGUUUCUCGAGAUCCUCUUCCAGCCGCGCCACGUGCACGCCAAGGACGGCUGGCCGACGUUCGCCGAGACGAACCACAUGAGCACGACGAGCGAUGUCGUCGCGACGCAGUGGCUUGGCGAUCACGUUGUCAUGUACCUCACGUACCAAGACGAGCUCUGCGUCUACGACACAAUGAGCCGCCAAGAGCUCGAGAUCGUCGAUGUGAGCGCGAUGGGUCUCGUGUACGCGUCGUACCGCGGCAACAACGGCCGGAGUUUUGCCAACAGCUUUCGCGCGUGCAACGAAAUGCUCUACUUGCUCGGCCUCAAGGAACUCCAGACCGCGCGCGUGCAACCGUGGACGCAGCGCAUUGAUGCUCUCAUCGAAGACGGCGAGUGGCUCGAGGGCCUCGGGCUCGCGCUCGACCACUUUGACGGGCUGACGAAAGCGGCGGCGACGCGCGCCGAGCGCGACCGGUUCCCGCCCGUCUUCUUCACCGACUCGCACAAGGACCAGUGCGUCGUCGACAUCUUCCGUAUGUGCCAAACCAACCAGCGCACAGGCGACAAGGAAGACGUGUUUCGGUACGAAGACAAUGCGGACGAAGGCGUCCGAUGGUGCGUCGGCGAGGCGCCGUAUGCGCCCGACGUGUCCAAGCGGCUCGAGGCGGCGUUCCAGAACGCCCGGUCUGGCACCGUCACCAAGAGCGUCGUGCCCAUCGGCGUCGCUGAGCGCGUGGCCGACCUCCUCAUGGACUAUGUGCGGCUCGCGAUCGGGAAUGCGCCAUCGUCCUCUUCGGUCGCCGACCUCGCGAUCUCGCACUAUCAAAUGCUGGCCGGUGUCGCGAUCGAGUACUGCGCGCAGAUCCACCGCACCGACUUGCUCUUUGGCGACAUCUUCAAGCGAUUUCAAGACGUCGAGAAAGCGCACGUGUUUGUGGGGCUCCUCGCGCCCUAUGUGCUCAACGACCAGCUCCAAGUGCUCUCGCCGACCGUCCUCGAUGCGUUCGUGUCGCACUUUCUCGCGCAAGGCGACCUCGUGCUCGUUGAAAAGUGCCUCUUGCACCUCCGCGUCCGCGACAUGGACUUUGACGCGAUGCUGCGCGUGUGCCAGACCCAUCACCUCCACACGGCCAUGGUGUACCUCUACAACGACGCCAAGCAAGACUACACGACGCCGAUCGACUUGCUCUUGGCGGCAGCCGGCGCGAGCACGCCACUGCCGCUCGACGAGAGUCUCUUUGACUCGGACGAGACGACCGGACGGGCCAAGCGCAUGAUUCUGUACAAGUGCCUCCUCUACAUUUCCUACAUGCUCAUGGGCAAGACCUUCCCGAAGCGCGAGGUCGUGGCGUCCCACCCGCACACGGCGUCGCGGCACCAGCGCAUGAUUGCGAGCGUCGCCCAGCACCUUUUUGAACGGCACCCGCCGGGCCACGGCGACGCGUCGUACCCGCGGCUCAUUCCACUCAUCCAGCUCGACGCCAAGAUGGUGUUUGAGAUCCUUGCGCGGCUCUUUGACGAUGCGAGCGUCGAGUUUGACGGCGAGGCGACGUCGGCGACCACGUCCCAGCGCUACAGCAACCUCACGCUCAAGUGCCCGUCGCGCAUGGAGAUGGUGCUCAGCCUCGCGUCGAUUCUGGUCGGGACGCCGACGGACGACUCGCCGUUCCCGUCGUCGCCGUACUUUAGCCCUUCGGACCAAGGGCACUUUUACAUGUUUGAGGCGCGGCUCCUCAGCAGCGGCGCGAUUGACGCACCGAGCUACGCCCGCGCGCGCAGCGUCAACAGCCAGUGGAUGAUGGACUCGCUCCUGCACUUCCUCGCGUCGGGUCCGCAGGCGCUCGCGACGGACGACGACGAAGGCUUUGACAAGGCCGGGCGCCAAGUAAUGCUCGUGCGCCUCCUCCAGACGCUGUCACCGACGUCGUACGACCAAGGCGCGCUCCUCCGGCGUGUCACAAAGGAGUCAAUGAACCGCGCGGCUGUCGUGCUGCACAAGGCCCGUGGCGAGUUCAACGAGACGAUCUCGGCGUAUUUGGCCGACGCCGACCUCGAGUACAAGCUCAGCGUCUUUUCCUACAUCCGCUCCGAACGCGACAAGGUGGUUGAAGCCGAUGGCGAUGCGGCCAACAGCGAGGCGGCCAAGGCGCGCCAGGCUGACAUUGAAAUGGGCAUCGUCAACCACUGCGGCGGCCUCCUCGACGUCGACGCACAUACGUUUGUCGUGCUCAUGCUCGAGAACUUUGCCUCGCUCAACGCGAAGCUCAUCCAGCGCUUUAUGAGUGUCGGCGGCAAAACGGGCGCCAAGUGGGAGUUUACGUACCUCCGACACAUCCUCGGGAGUCCGUCGGGCGAUGGCGACGACGCGGCCGACGUCAUCCGCGACCUUCUCGAGCGCGAGAAGGCGGUGCUCCAAAUGGCCGAAGACCCCGCCGUCCAGGAGCGCUUUAUCCGGCUCCUCUGCGAGUUUGACCCGACGCAGGUCUUUCCGUACUUGGCGGCUCACGACAGCUACAAGGUCGAGACGUGCCUCAAGCUCUGCAAGGAGUUCAAGAUCACGGACGCCGAGGCAUACCUCCUCGAACGCACGGGCGACGUCAACGGCGCGCUCACGAUCAUUCUCACGAGUAUGGAAAAGCAGCUCAAGGUGCUCAAGCCUGCGCUUCGCGGUGUGAACGCGUCGUCGGCCGAGGCCUCCGGGUGGCAGCAGGAGAGCAUUAUCGAGAGUGUCCCCGAAGGCAAAGAGGUCAUGAAGACGCUCGACGUGGCCAUUGCCAUGUGUCAGCGCAAUUCGGCGCGGCACCGCGACGACCAGAGUGAAAAGCUCUGGUUCACGCUCCUCGACCAGUGUCUCAAAGUCCAGAAUCUGGUCAAAAAGGCGAUGCAGUCCAAGACCAAGGGCCGGACGAGCACGCGCGGGGCGCAGACGGUCUUCCAGAUCGCUGUGAACGAGCUCAUUCGCAUCAUCCUCGAGCGCAUGGCGUCCUGCGUCUCGCUGCAAGCGAUCCUUUUCAAGAUCACCAACGAGCACGGGAAGGACGAGUUUGGGGACUUUCGUCCGACAAUUUUCGGCAUGCUCGAUACGUACAACUACGAGCACAACAUUUACCAGACGGCGAAUGCGCUCAUUCGCACGGAUCUGCACGACCAAGUCAUGGUGCUCCGCCGCGCACAGGCCAAGUGCAUGGCGCCCGCGUCCGUGACGUGCCACUACUGCAAAGUUGUGCUCUCCAAGCCGCCCUUUGGCAUGGGCCAGCACUACAACUCGAAGGAGAAGUGGAACCGGCACACGUCGAGCGUCUCGAUCAAGGCGACUGGCCACCUCUUCCACGACUCGUGCGCCAAAAUGUGGGAGCAAGAGCUUGACAAAAAGAAGGACGAGACGACGGCACGGAGCGCGCACCGCGCCUCGACAGGGAGCCAGGACUUGGAAGGCGACGCGGGCGACGACGAGAACGCUGCGUCGUCGCGGUCGUUGCGGCGCCAGGGCACGACGCGCCGGUACAUGAGCCGCCUCAAGCGUGUGCGCGACUCCACCAAGGCCACGCGGGCCCUCCACCACUUGCUCGCGAGUCUCAACAAGGUCGACGGGGCCAAGAACAAGUAUUUGCGCGGCAACACGGCGACGUUUUCGCUCAAGCCGGCGUCGAUGCCCAAGGCCAAGCGUGUCGGGUCCCGGAAACCCGGCGUCUUGCCCGUCAAGGCCAGCAACACGUCGAGGUUCUAGGCUGUCUGCAUGCACCGUCCGACGAGACUACCCAUGACGUCCUUCCGUCAUUAACAUCGACCUGUCAUUGCAUCCGCUA